AUCUCAUCCCUUUCAACAACAAACAAAAGAUAAACCCAGGCCACCUCUCCUCUCCUCACUUUCUCUCUCCUCUUCUCCACUUUCUCUCUCAUUUUCCCCAUUUUCUCUUUCUCUCUCUUACUUAGCCUGAACUGCCUUUCUGUUUUGUCUCCUUCCGUCUUCUCUUUUGCUUUCUCUCUCUUCUUCUUUUUCUCCUCCCUUCUUCCCUCAGUUUUCUUACAAGUACAAGUUUUUACCUGCUGCUGUUCCUGUAGAUUCUUAAAUUUCCCUGAUCCGGGCUUUAAACCUCAAACCAAUUUAAUGUUUUUCAGUGGAUCGCACCGGAAUUAAACUCCUCUUAACUCCGGUAAUUCGACGGAGUUUUCGCCGGCGUCGCGAAUUUUGCAAUGCAGGAGAUCUCUAUUUCUCUUUACUCCGUUUAACUUCCUUCGUCUCGAACAAGACAAGAAUUCCAUGGUUGCGGUGGUGGUAGUAGUUUAAACUUGUACGGAGGCUACUUGAUAUUUGGUACAGAAACCAGGAAGAAAGAAAGAAAGAAAGAUGGUUACUUUGUCAUCUUUGGAGAAGAUUUCGGCUGUGGGUAAAUUGUCUGAUUGCUUGGCAAUGUCACAAUCUCCAGUUCCCAGAGACCAGAAGAUUGAUGUAGUUGGAGAAGACGGAAACAUUGGUGUGCAUAGAGCUCUAUCGAGAUCUAUGAAUCAGAAUAAAACGAUGCGUCCUGAUGUGUAUUUUGAUUCAACAUAUUGCAAAGGUGACAGACAUCUUGUCGGUGUUGUCGGGGCACAAAAUGAAAGCAGUCUUUUCUCCAGUUCACUCUCUGAGUUGGUUAAUCAUAAGCUUAGACUGUCAUCCAAUAAAUUUGGGUCCCGCCAAUCUUCUACUGUUGCUCCCCACAUUGAUGAGGUCGAGCCUUUUAAAUCCCUAGAAGAAAGCGAAGGACAGACAAUCAAUAAUCUUCUUCCCGAUGAAGAAGAGCUGUUUUCUGGGAUGGUUGAUGAGAUGGGUCAUCUGGGUAAUGCUAAUGCCAGUGAUGAUUUGGAAGACUUUGAUGUGUUUACUUACAGUGGUGGAAUAGAAUUAGAAGCGGAAGAGAAUUUACAGGCCGGCCGGAGAAAUGUGGGCUAUCCUUGGGGGAUUCACCAGAACCAGCAGCGACCCGUUCAUGCAAUGGAUCAUACCCAGAGGAUCCAUUCUACCGCGAGACUAUCCAAUGGGGCUAUGAUGGGUGAUGCAUCAGCUCAUGAGAAUUCUCGCAUUUUCAAUGGGUAUCCAUCUCCGGUUAGGAUGCCAUCUGUGGGCAAUGAAUUCGGUCUUAAUGAGGCCAAAAAAUCUUUUUCCCAAGCGCAGCUUGAUAACAGAGGCAUCCCAAAUUUUCACCCCCAUUCUCCUCAAAUGCCGAUGCAUAAUGUUCUUAAUAUGAUGUCCCAGAACUCAUUGGAUAACGUGAAUGGUUUUGCUGACGACUUCCGCUCCAGGGUAUCUGAAAAAGUCAACUUGGAAAAUCAUCAUUUGGGUUUAAAUGGGCAUGCUAGGGAACUCGGCGAAAGCGUUUUUGGCUUUUCUCCUAGUGGAGUUCAUGCACAUCAGUCAAUGGCAAACAAGCCUAACUCGUAUCAGCAACAUCAUCUGAGAUCCCUGCUUAUGCCGAAUUCCCCAUCUUUUUUGAAUAAUAACCAUACACAUCACCUUGGAAGGCUCCCUGGAUCUCCUGGCGCUCCACACCUUAUGAUGAAUAUGGUUUCACCAGUGCACCACCUUCAGGUGGGCUCAGCUCCUGUUGCACCAGUUAUGAAGGCUUCCCUCUGGGACAGACAGCAAAUUUAUGCAGGAGAGUCUCAUGAAACUUCUGGUUAUCAGAUGGGUGCCAUAAGGAGUGUCGGUAUUCCCGGAUUUUCUGCAUCGCCUGCUCGGGAAAUAUCUUCUCCUAUUAGCUUUUCUCAUGUUCAUAGCACUGAGAUGUCUAAAAAUGCUGGGAUACAAUCUCCUCAGCAGAUGUCUCACAUGUUUCAUGAGAGAAAUACGAUGAAUUCGCUACCAACAUCUUUUGGUUCUCCCAGUGAACGUGUUAGAAGAAGCAGAAAUGAAACUAACUUGAGUCAUGCUGACAGGAAGCAUUAUGAGCUUAACAUUGAUCGUAUUAUGCGGGGUGAUGACAAUCGAACAACACUGAUGAUUAAGAAUAUCCCUAACAAGUAUACUUCCAAAAUGCUUCUGGCAACAAUUGACGAGCAGCAUAGAGGAAAAUAUGAUUUUAUUUAUUUGCCAAUUGAUUUCAAGAAUAAAUGCAAUAUGGGCUACGCAUUCAUCAACAUGAUUGACCCUGUCCAGAUUGUUGGAUUCCAUCAGACAUUUGAAGGUAGAAAGUGGGAGAAGUUUAACAGUGAAAAAGUUGCAUCUCUUGCUUAUGCUCGAAUUCAAGGAAAAGGUGCCCUUAUUGCGCAUUUCCAGAACUCGAGCUUGAUGAAUGAGGAUAAACGUUGCCGCCCCAUUCUGUUUCACACAGAAGGUCCAAAUGCUGGUGAUCAGGAACCAUUUCCGAUGGGAACCAGCUUCCGGGCAAAGCCGGGUAGGCAACAGCUGGCUAGCAGUGAAGAGGAAGAAUAAGGAAUUAAGACGUACGUGACUUGGAGCCCGGUGUUUGUAGGAGAAAUGCUGUAAAUUGUUUUUUCAUGUGGCUCUGCAUAUUAAGACUUACCUUUUUGAAAGCACUGGUGAAGAAGACCUUGCUAUUGUUAAGUAGAUCGAUCGAGUAAUAUUUUAGUCUAAAAAAAGCCUCUUCAUUUCAGGUAGGAACUGAAUUGGCCCUUUGUUUAAAUUCUUUUUUCUUUUUCUAGAGUGCUUUUGGGGAAAGCACUUAGUAAGUAUUUUCUGAAGUUUUGGGAACCAGAAAUUUUGACCUAAUCAGUCUCUGUGUUACGUAAUGUAGCUGGGCCAUUUUUGAGAAUGCUGUAAAUUUUUCAUUGGGGGCAUUUGGUUACAUUUAGAGACUGGCCCUAAGACUUUUGAUUACUGACAUCUUUUACCUUAGGAUGUAAGGCUUCUGUUGAUGUUGUAUGAGAAUUUUCUCAGACUUUUUAAUCUUGUA